AUGAGUAGUAUAGCACAAGAGGGCGAUGUCAAACCCCCUAAAGUCAAUACUAGUGAUCAUUUGAAUCCUCUGCCAUCCCAUAUUGGUUCUGAUACCAAGGCAAAAUGUGGAGAUGAAACUCAAACGGGGGCCUGCCCAAGCAAUGACGCUACUUCUGUUGAUUUGUCCAAUGAAAAACAGCCCAAGACUGACAAGGGAUUACAAACUUCGAACGUCUUUGGCUAUGAAAAAAGCAAACUUAAGAAGACUGGGUUUGCCUUCUCAAUUUUCUUUUCGUGGUUUUCGAGGGUAAAGCAGCAGCCGAAGGAGAAUGGACCGGAAGCCCCCGAAAAGGGAGCAGUCGAAUCCGGUGCCGCGGAAAGCAAUUUCAACCUCGUUAAUAUGCCUGUCGACAUCAUAUUUGAUAUUGUUGACUACUUGGACCCUGCCGAUCGUGAAAUCCUUCGGUUUACUUGCAGGGCUUUUUACUUUGGCCUCCCUGCCCUUAAUUUUAAGCACGAGCAUGAUGGCCGUUGCAUGUUAAUCCAAGUCUUCCGUCGCCUAUACGGUACCUCUCUUAUGCCGGAUGUUCGUGAAGGACGCACUCUUCUCGAUAAUUCUGAUGUAAAAGAAAAACUGAGUGAUCAUUGUGGUCUCUGCAGCAUCACCUGGCCUCCCGGCUCUUGGGUUCAUUGUCCUUUUCACAAACCUCUUGAAUAUGCUUCUCCCCCUCCUCUUUUCAGUUUCAAAAGGCCGUGGCACUAUAUGUGCCUCUCACAUAUCCGCUGGGCUUUUGCAUUAAGAAAAGGCUUGACCCAAGAAUCCUACCAGAAAAUCAUUGCUAAAGAUGUCGAAAACGGCCGACUACCCCGUCGAGUACGUCGCUUCAGCCCUGUCUUCUCAACCUACAUAGCUUCAUGGAACGAUUAUCUCGCCAACGUCGAAAGCGUUCGAUGGACUGAUGGGACAUACUUUGGGAGCGCAGGUAACCCAAAUACUAACGGCCUUACGAAAAAGAAAGGCGCAAAACCUGACCCAGAGGUUAUCAAGCUGCACUGCUGCGGCCACUGCCUUAAUAUUCUGCCAGAAAACAACCCACAGAGAAUGUGCGGGAUGUGUGACUGUGGAUACUGCAAACAGACUUCCAUUGAAAUGCUAAGGAUUCCAAGAGAUGAUAUGCGCACGAAAUUCGUGCCCUUAGCCAAGGUUGAUGAGAGUCAUGUUGAGAAAAUAAAGGCUGCAAAAAAGGCAGGGAUCAAAAAGGAGCCUCUUUAA